AUGUCACAGGAAGCUCGGGAGGUUUUCAAUCUAGUUAGAAGCACACAGAAGGUAUGUGACUUCGGGGUGACUUCGCAGCACUGGCAACUCAAGGACAUGCUCAAAAUCAAGGGCGAAUCCCUGAUUUUUCCGAGAACAUGCAAUGUGAUGUCCCAUGAUCUCCACACAAAUGCAACCAAGGCGAUAUACGAAGGAGUGGACUUUUUCCCUACAUCCAUAUGCUUGAAAGAUGACAUUCUGGCGGUGGGCGGGUCCAGAGGACAUCUCAAGAUCAAAAACCUUGCCACCAACGAGGUUCUCUCUCAGAUUGUGAGCUCAUCCAUCAAUAACAACAUAUGCAUAAACAGCAGCAGGAUCUUCAUAUGCAACAACGACAGGACUCUGAAGAUAUUUACAAUGGACCUUAGAAGCAGCGGCAGCAUAAGCCAUGUUGCGCAGGUCAACAGCUGUGCAAUUAGUCCAGAUAACAAACUUCUAGCCGUGGUGGGAGACUCGAACGAUGUAUUUCUGUAUUCCAUAGACAACGACAGCUACAAGUUGGUUAAAAGGUUGAAGAGCACGGAGGAUGGAGGGUUCAGCGUAUCAUGGAAUAGCACGUCCUCUUCAUUUGCAGUUGGGACCCAGGAUGGAUACGUGUGCAUAUGGGAUGUAAGAAGUGACGGCAUCCUCCAUAGGUUUGAGAGCAAGCAGAAAGAUAGUCACAAAGGAGCAGUCCGGAAUGUGAAAUUUUCCCUAAAGAAUUCGCUUGACCUGUUAUUUUUUACGGAGCACUUUUCAUUCCUGACUGUCUGCGAUAUGAGGGACCUUAGGAGAUGCCAAAGGAUCAGGAUAUUUCCCGACAAACAGAUAACAGGGGCAGUCUUUUCUGAGGCGAACGACAAGAUAUUUGUCAGCACGGAAGACGAGGUGGCCGAGAUAAAUAUAAACUCCAAGUCAAGACGCAUGUUUGCAGGGAUAUGA